CACUGCUCGAGGCCAGGGCAGGAACAGUGGGCCGAUUGCGAGGGUGCUGUUUGUUGUUGAGCGUCAGGGUCGGAGAGAAGCACCGACGCAUCGAGUGGUGGUAGAAGAAAGGGAGGUAACCCGAUGAACACGCAGUGAUUUACCGACCCCAAGCACUGCCACUUGUGCUCACCGUGGAACAUUUGCAUUUGAUUUGGUGGUGCCAGAGGACAGACACGGGAUGAGGCAAAAAGGUGCGCUGGAGUGGCGGCUGCCGGCACUUCCCAUCAGCCUGAUGCUCAUCGUCCCACUGCUCUGCCCAGAUGUCGCUGCUAUCGACUGUUUCAAGUGCGUGUCGAACAACGGCGAUAACCCGAAGUGCGAGGACACGUUCCACAAUAACAUCACCGGCGAUAUAUACGAGUCUCCCUGCAUGGGAGGCAGGAAAAACAGAAACGGACUAUUCCCAGCCACGGCGUGCAUCAAGCUCAAUGGAGUAUUUCUGGACACCGGCGAGCGGAUCAUGGUGCGAGGCUGCGCCCUGGACAGCGGCACGCUCACCACCGACACGGAGAUCAUCCGCAUGUCACAUUGCGGCAGCCUCAUGUUUCAGGAGAGAUACGUGAAGGGGUGCCUGCAGAGCUGUGACGACAUCGACGGCUGCAACGGCGCCGCCGGCGCGGCCGUCUCGACCGGCGUCGGCCUCUGCGCUGCGCUCCUCGCGGCGGUCGUCAGGUAGAGACGCAAUGUCGUGCGCUGGGAUGGGUGCAGCUCGGCGAUCAACAUGACGCUGUCGCGGAUGCGCUAGCUGCGCCUUCAUUCAUGCUUUGAAAUUGUUUUCAUCGUUGUCGUCUGCAUAAAUAACUGGAUGAUCAGGGUGUCACUAUCAGUACGUAAUUGGCACAUGGCUUUGUGCGCCCCUGUGACAGCGUCGAGUUCGUUGCUUCGUUUCUGCGUGCUCGAGUUUGCGUUUCAAUUGGUCACAGAUCAUUAUAUGCCGGCGGGACUUCACUAUAGAGCUUUGAUUUCGUUUCGUCGUUUGUGUGUGGUAGUGUUGUCAUGUCACUGGAUCACAUAGGCGAUAAUGUUCCGGAGGAGAUGCAAUGUGAAGCAUCGCGUUGAACUGAUGUUGGCUACGUACAGCAUGCGAAAUGUGCAUGCAAUGGAACGCUGCUGGCUCGAAUGAUAAAUUUCGGUAACUGGCUGUUUUUGAACAGCUGUUUGACGCCGUCCGACAUAUCUAAAGACAUUUAUGAAAAGAUAUACCCGGUUUGCGUUGAUGUUAAGAUAGGCAAUCAGUUGUCGAAGGACUGCGUGUCCCCUCACAUCACAUUUUCCGUAGCUGUUACCCAUGCUAUGUUGUGUCAAUGUUGCGUUGCGACAUUUUCGUGUGUGUGUUUCAUCCCCAAGUGGGAUGACGCUUCCAGUGUUGGUUACGUCCGGCGCUGUAUUUGGGCAUCACUUAAUGCUUCUCAUAAUGCGUGUAGUUAUUGUUGUGACCCGUGCUUUGUUGCGAAGACAAGUCGUUGCCGCUGUUUGACCUUUGCUUACCUUUUUUGUUAGCUUCCUUUAAGUGUCACACAACAGUUAACGGGACGCCUCAGCACCAUGUCAUAAGCAGCUGCGUUCGGCUCAUCUCGUUUAACCGCAUAUGUGCAUGUUUAAUUGGCUGAUAGGUUUUUGCCGAAAGGUGCGGUGAUUGAUUUAUUCACUAACAACGUCACACGUAAAUUUACUAGACAUGGGACACUACUAUGGUGAAGGGUUCGUGCAUUUGUAGGCAUGGUAAGUACUCAAUGGAAUUUGGAUGACCCCUUUAGAAUGACUACAUACGUUAAAGUAGAUUGGUACUGUGCAUCUGGAAUGCACUGGCGGUCAUGGACCUUGCUAACAUCGUCAUUUUUUGUAAAUGUCAUACGGGCACCAGAUACCAGCCAGUGUUUACAGUUCAUAUGCAACUUUUUUCUUCUUCAGAACACACGCGAUAAAGCGAAACACAUUGUUCACACUUCGAUUUGCCAACUUACAAGAAAUCACAAGAAAUUAGAUACAAGAGAUCAAGCCUUGCACAUAUGGAGAACACAUGAUCCUCCAGGGUGAAGUGUUUGCAUUUAGAAGGGGCUUUGAAUUGUGUAUGUUGUUUAUUCAAUUGUUCCAAUGGGGUGGUCUUUGCUGUUUUGUUUUUUGCGGCAAUAACGUAGCAGUCAAGUGGUUUCAUCCCGCUGAAUCACAUAGUUCUGGCGCGCAAAGGUCACGUAUGGGAGGCUGGGGUUUUGUGUUGUGGGUCUAGAACGUGUUCGUGAAAACGUAGCCGAAUAGGUAUUUUUAUUUGCCAACAUACGAUGCACUUUUACUCGUGCUCUUACAUAUCAAAAACGUUACAAAAUACUCCCUAUACCAGACGUCAGAGUUUGACUUUUCUGCACACCAGAUAUUUACCUUAUCGUUUAUUUCUGCACACUUGAACUAUGAUAUUUGGCGUGCUGAGGCUCCGUGGUUAUAAAGUUAAGUUGAUUAGAAUAUCAUCCACGACGCGAAAUAGGUGUGUCAAUAUACACAAACGCAAUGCGCGUCCUCUGCUUAAUAGAAGCACUUCAUCCUGGACAAUUAUUUAGCUUUCAUCUAUGCAAAGCUUGUUUUAUUUCCUGUUUUCCCACAAUCGGUCCGGUUAAAGUGUGGACAAGGUGUGCGGUUUUAUCGCGUGUAUUCUGAGAACAAAAAGUUGUAUACGCGCUGCCAAUAGGCUGAUGUGGGAUUCCAGGGCAAGGGGAGGACAACUCCGCUUAGAGGCACGAAAAGCUCUUCUAAUGCCAUUCACGGCAGCACAGUUUCAUUCUCCAUAACGUCCAUAACGUAGGAGAAAGCUCGAAUCGAAUCAGACACUCGUUUCAUCACAUUUACCGACGUUUUUUCUAGCAAGAUCGACUCUUAUUCAUUCCUGUGAAGAGAAUAUAAAUCUACUUACUUUGUAAAGUAGGAACUUGUUUUUGAGUUGUUGCGAAAAUACGUACCACGCUGCGCGCUGAAAACCAACCGUAUUAUCAUACGGUUAUCAUAAACCGUAUCCACCCCGUCUUCUAAGGCUGCCAUGGUGGUGUAGGAGUGUGGAGAGUGGAACACGGUGCCUUCACACAGUCCCGGCCGGUCUGUGGACAGUCAGUUGCGCUCGGCGUCAACGCGUUGUAAAUGGCUAAAUGGCAUGUGUUGUAUGGUUCGAUGAUAACGGGCGUGAAUGGUGGAGUCCUUCCGAUUGUGAAGUGCUCAGUGUGUGCGUUUGUGUUUUGGUCGUAUCGUUGCGAAGCACUGCUUAAUAACACAGCGGUAUCUGAAAAUGGUCAAUGACAGGCUUGUGGUCAUAGUUUAGGCACUCCCACGCGAUGCUGAAGUAUUUCGCGAAAAUUGGACUGACCUGUGAUGCUUUGUACACUAACCGAAGCAAUACGCACUGGUGGAAGAUAGUGAAUGGCUGCAGUUUUAUCAUGGUUGAUAUAUUGCACAUGUCGACUCUAUUCCCCCCGUUGCUCUGAAUAGAGUGCUGAGCGUCAACCUCUGUUAAUGGUGACGAAGCGCGACAUGGGCAUUCUCCACGGAAGACUUUGUUGAUGCAGAUGCCCACGUGGUCGGGGCUGAGUCCGUACAAGUGCAGCCGGGCUCGAGCUCUUCUGUAACUGCGAGCUGUAGAGAUCGAUAGUUAAAUCAAUACGAAAAUGACACGAAACCGCGUGCGCCGUGCGCAAGGAUUCCGCGUUUGGUGGCAUUUGUGUGGCAUUCAAGCAAAUAGGUAGAUGUUAGAUGAGUGUGCAUGUUAAAACGCUGCGUGUAUUGCCUUAGUGGCGAAUAAUUCAGCGUGCUCAGAUGAUGUUGUUUAAUAUGUUUAGAAACCUAUUAUGUCGGACCUGUCUCUGCGCGGAGUGGAACAGCCCUACACCGAUUCCUCUGAUUAAACCUUUUUAAGUCUGGCUGCAGAUCCCAGGCUCAUGUCAUAUCAGGUAACUGGACCCCAUGAAUUCAUUCUAUAAGUUCUGCAUGGCGAAAUAUGGGGAAUCGGCGUCCAGUAACGCGUCCCCGGCCUCUUCUCAACACCGCAUCCCCAAGUACAGUGGUUCUGGCCGUGUCCAGUGGUUUUAUCAUGUACGUUGUUGGUACUCGUGAUGCAUGUUGUUUAAAUAUCCGGAAGUCAGGCUAUCUCGCCAAAUUUAAAGAUCACGUUCAAUCAGCCCACACACCCGUUUAUGUCAUGAGCCAAUGGACUGAGAUGAGUCAAUAGUGCGAUAUCUAAGUCAAGGACAAUGUCAAAUGGGGUCAAGACCGGUCAAAAUAUUGUUACCACACCUUUCACGGUGUUUAACCAUCUUGGGCGUGACAUGGAAAUCGUAUCGUUACAUGAAGAUCGUAAGCCAAAGUCAAGGUGACUCAGCUAUGACGAAGGUCAUUUUGUGCUGUUCCGACAGAGCAGGCCAAUCGCACAAGGUGCUGCAAAAUAGGAGCCACUAAAUUUUGUCAGGGGUCACCGAUCCUAUUUUGACUUGUACUGCAGCACAUCGGAUGCAGAAUCAGCAAGGGGGUCGUGACGUCACCCGAGUCAGUAAACGUGGCGAGACCGGCAAUGGAUCUGUUCGAUCUCCACCAACAGAUGGAGCAGGUCUCGUGCAAAAUAACUGUUUGCACAUGUCAGUGAAAUGUUUCUUGCCAUUUAUUAAUCAAAACCGUAUCUCCCUCCAUUGUCUGUCUACCAUAAGGCGCUUGUAAAACAUGAGUUGUUCAUAUGUUGACGAUGUGAAUACAUAUUUUAUGACAAGUUUCUUGCAUUACCAGUAUACCAAAACACAGUACUGUUGCACUCUUCUAGCAUAUAAUUUUUUGCGAUUUCGUUUAACGUGCUUUAAAUGACGAAUGGACGAGAUGAAGUUGU